AUGUUGUGCACGUGUCAGUACGACAGCCGAGUCGCUGGAGGAGAAGGUUCGAGAGUGGAGAUUGAUCUGGAAAAGCUAAAAGCAGCAGGAUGGAAUGUGGAAAAGAACGGAAAGAGUUAUAUCAUGGAAUCUCCUCCGCCCGCGAAGAAACGUUUUCGUUCAACGAAAGAAGUGGCAGAGUUUUUGAAAAGUGAAGACGAUUUUUUUGCCUUCUCUCGGUGCAGUUGUGGUGCAUCAGCAGCUCCAACGCAAGAAUCAAGCGAGUCGGAUGAAGACACGGACUACAGCUACCGCCCUGAUACAGAAGAAGAAGGAGGAAUGUCCAGUAACUUUGAGGACACACCAAGAAAAGUAGAUUCCUCCACGGCAAUUCCUCCAGCCGAAAACGUGGUCAAAAGGUGACAAAUUAUACUUUCUUUUGUCAUUUAUAUUUUCCAUUAUUCGCAGAAAUCUUGCGUUUGCAAAGUUAUUCUCAUCUGUACGAUAGAGUGCAUUUCUCUUACAUGAGAGUUGUGAUUGCUAUGACUUAGCAUACACAACUAAAAGAUGAGGCCGAUGCUAAGUUUUACAGUUUUUCAUUCUGUUGGUUUGCAUGUUUUACCAAUAAUUCUGCAUUGUCAUGUAAAAUACCGGCAUUGCUACAAUUGCUAUUUUUCUCCUUCAUUCAUUUAUGGCAUACGUUUCUUUUCUGUGUGAGAUAGUACGAGAUACCUUUUCUUCUAUGCAAUAUUCCUAUGAGUGGUAGUGCAAGCAAUAUUCUUAUACCACAAAAUUGUGAGCCAUAGAAAGUUUUCAUUAUAAUUAUGAUACAAAGAAAACUGUAGUCCUGAAUUGAAUAGCACGUAAGGCUCUGCUCUAUGUCAAAAUAGUUAUAAUAUUUAUUGAUAUCUUUUAUCCCUUCAUUUCUGCGUGAGAUAUUGCUCAUUUUGUUCCUGUAUUUUUGUGCUAAUGUUUUCCAUUUCCCCUUUUAAAGAACAUGAUCCCAUGAUUUAUAGGAUAUUUUUUACUCAUUAUUUUAUUUAGAAUAAAUUUGCAAAGUCAAGAGGGCAUUGAACUGCCCAUCAACUAUUUUGUUGGGAUGACAAACCAGCUGGGCAGUCUUUUGGACCAGUUAAACUCUACACGUCGCUGCGCAACUCCAGGAUGUAAUGGUAAGCAGAAUAAAAUUUUUCAUCUAAAAUGUAAUUGCCUUGUUCCAGUGAUUUUAUUACCUCUGAAAAAUGCGUCCCUGAUGGAUGAAAAUCCUCAGUGAAGCAAAAUUUUCAUAUGCCUCCUGUACGAGGCAAAGAUCAAAUGAUUGACCUGAAUUUGUGUUUGUUGGAAGUCUUGUUAGGGGGAUUUCUGGGCGUUCUUGUGGCUCAUGUUAAAUGAGGCUUGUUUCUUUUAGUCUUUGUUGUGCUUUACAAAAGGAGGAGUUUUAUUUUAUUUCAGUGAACUGUAAUACAGGGGAGCUCAUGACUUAUCAAAAGAUGAGUCCCAUGACUCACCAUAUCUAUUUGUUAAAAAUCCACUGUUGUUCUAAGUUAUACACAGCAGACAAACUUGAAACAUUCAAAAUAGUCUUUCAAUAAAGAGUAAUGGCCAAUUUUCCUUUCAACAGGUUUAUUGGUACCAGUUUCCACAGAAAACAAAGGUCUGGGAGGGGCCAUAAAGGUCAUGCUUGCAUGCAAUGGCUGUGGGCAAAGAAUCCAUUAUGCAAGCAGCAUGGUUUGCCUCACGGAACGAAGAAGAAACUGUGUGUCGCUUGCCUUAGGUCUGUGCUUCCUCAUCUGGGGGCAUGGUUACCCUUCCUAUCACAAAAUUCUCAAGUUAGGUUUGGGAAUUCACACCCUUUCUCACGUUAGUUUUUAUAAUAUAGUUAAAUUGGCUCAUCCGUGUGUGAAAUCUGUUUUGGAUGGGAUUUGUUCAAUGGGCAAAAGUGAAAUGAAAGACAAACCCCACUCAGAGCUUGGCAGCUGGAAGAAAGCUGUGACCACUUCUGAUGGCUGCUGGCUUAUUAGGGGACAUCAUAGCCAAUGUUGUACUUUUGUCGUUAUUAAUUNCAUCCGUGUGUGAAAUCUGUUUUGGAUGGGAUUUGUUCAAUGGGCAAAAGUGAAAUGAAAGACAAACCCCACUCAGAGCUUGGCAGCUGGAAGAAAGCUGUGACCACUUCUGAUGGCUGCUGGCUUAUUAGGGGACAUCAUAGCCAAUGUUGUACUUUUGUCGUUAUUAAUUUCUUAACUGGGUGUACGUUAUAUUAUGGUCAUUCUGUUAUGAGGGGUUCAAACAACAUAUGUGAUUCAGAUCUCUGGGAGGGUACUUCAAAGGCAGCCGAGGGUCAUCUAGCUGAGGUCUGUUUCACUAAAGCUAAAGAGGAAGGUAUGGUGGUUGCCAUUAAUUGGCAAGAUGCUGACUCCUCAUCAGCAAAAUCAUUUCGCUAUGUGUUCCCUGAUAACUCCCUUAGCCGUGUCAUGCUUUGUGGAGGUCAUGUAGGUCGUGCACAUGGCAACAACCUUAAGGAAUAUAAGGGGAAAAAGUCUGUGGAUUUGUCUUUUGUGGCCACUCACCAGAAGGAUUGUCCUGAGCUAGGAAAAGCAAAAUGUGAGUGUGCUGGCAAGCGAGCCCACUCGAAAACCUGUGGUUGUAUGUCAGAUGAAUUUCUGGCUAGAGCUAAAAGCAACCACUUUUCAGCACUGAAACAGGCUGGGAAUGACCCAGAAGAAUAUGCCAAUCGUAUGCGUAUUCUGGGGAAAUAUCAUUCCCGUGACAUUCAUGAGUGGAUUGGAGAUGAUGGCAAAACACACAGAUGUCCUUGGCACCCCCCACAUGUUUGCUCUUGUGGCAAAUGUGACAAACAGGAUAGUGUAGACAGUGAAGAUAGUGGAACAGGAAGGCAGGUAGAUCCGGAGGAGGGUAGGGAAGAUAGUGAAGAUGGCAGCAUCGAAGGUAGCGAGGAUAGUGAAGAUAGUGAAGACAGUGAUGGGGAAUACAAUACUAAUUACAGUUGUGAGGGUAAGCCCUAUAAGGUCAGGGGGAGGGCACUUACAUGUGAACUCCACAGCCUUCUCUACGAGAUUGAGUGCAAUCGGAUUGCAGAGAAGGCAACGGAGGUCGUACAUUCAGUAAUGGGUAAGGGCCAUUCCAAUUUACCUGAGAGUAAAUUCAGUGUCCUCACAAAGUUCAGACCUAAGGACACGAACCUCCACCAAAUCCAUUAUGAAGUAUCAACAAAUAUGGGCCUUUGUCAGAGUAAUAUGACAUACCUUAUAAAGCGCAAAGGCACUACUUAUCACUGGGUUUUGGAGUUAUUUGGAAAGAUGGGAUUGCCUACUGUGGAUGGCAUUGAGACAGUGAUUGCAAAAGAAAAUGAAGAAAGGAUGAGGAGACUGGAAAAUCAGAAAACAGAAAGGGCCAAGCAGAAGAGAGUGGCCUUUAAACAAAAGCGUCAGCAAGAACAAAAGAAGAGGUACAGUGCUUGAUUGAGUUGCUAGGCUAUCAUGUUUAUUAUAUUGGCAAUGAAAAUAGUUCAUUUAUUGCACCAGCUAUGCUUUGGGUGAGUUUUGUUCAUUUGGCUGUGGAUUAUACACUGCUCAAUAUCAAUUUGUAUAAUGAUAAAGCUGUAAGAUGUAGAACAUUAAUGUUUUAACCAAUCAUCCCUGUCACUUGAAGUCCAGAGUAUCCCCCCUCUCCCCGCCCUGGGGUCAGUUGUUGUAAUUUUCCUAAACAAAACUUUUUUUCCUUACAAAGACUUUGAUUCUUUUCUCUUUUUCUUUUUGUUGUUGUCUUUCAUCAGGCGUCAAUUUACUAAGCGUCAAAGAAUUGUCCACACCUAUGGAAAUGAGGAUGAUGAGGAUGAUUUGGAUGAAGAUGUGGCCUUGGCAACGGUAUUACAGAGCACCGCUGGAAGUGAAGUCAGUGCAACAGCUGGGCCAUCUAGGGCCAAUUCCAAAAAGUGCGUGUGUGGAGGAACUGAUCAUCUCCGUAGAUCAAGCAUGUUAUGCCCAUUAAAUAAGAGGCAUUCAAAGUGA